GGACUAAUGGGGACUAAUUUCACAAAUAGGUAACAGGAAAGAGGCUAGGCAGCUCCUUGCUUGGGAAUGCCACAGAAAGAGAACAAGUGGAGCUUGCAAGAAUGUUGCCGGGCAGAAGGCUCAUUGUUCCAGCCAGGAUUAACUCCCACCAUCCCUGAUCACACUGGCAGGGCCUGAUGGGAGCAAUAUUUGGACUGCCUGCCCUUAAAAGGAGUAAUGGUUUGCUUCUGCUACUCCUAUCAGGCAGUCCGAAACAUAUGGAGAAUGCCAGACUGAUGGAGGCUGUUCCAGUUGCUCCCCGCUUCUCAGCCAGCAUGCAAGUUGAGCGUUUUCUCAGGUUGUCUCUCGCGGUUCUGUGCACCCCGUGCAAAAUGAGCAUAGCUUUGGUGGUAGGCCCUUGGUCCGCUUGCAGAAACCUUUUGCAGCGGCUGACGGGGAGGCCGCGGCUUCCAGCUGGUGUACUCGCCUUCCCAGCAUUGCCCAUUCUGGGAUGGUGGCAGCCUAACAACAUCUGGGUUCCCGCAUCCCUGAACCCACCCAGGCGUCCUUUGGAGGCGCAAUCCCAUUGAUGCGGGAUUUAAAGCGCGCACAGGGUUUUGUUCCCCCCCCCGCAAGCAAACCCGUUUACACCGCAUGCCACUUUACUCCUAGUUAACUGCGGCUGCAACCUUGCACUCCAACCCUGCGCAAGCCCCACUGAGUUUAAACGGCGCCUCCGUGCGCAAGUGAGGCUGCAGGCGGGCAACCGCGAUCCUAGGCACAGGAUAGUGCUUCUUUCGCAUCAAUGGCGAGCCGCGUGCCUGGAUCUGCAGAGGUGCAGCUGGACCUGUGCAAACUGCCCUCGGAUGUCUGAUCAUGCCUUGCAGUGUUUGCUUGGCGCGCGCCUUUGGCAUCGCAUCCCCGGGCUCGCUGGUUGUUGCAACGUUUGCUUGCGCCAGGCAGCCGGGAGAGACCAGCCAGAUCCCUGCGGAUUGCGCACACGGCCCGCCCUGCUGGAUGAACGCGGGGGCGUCUGGCGCUUCUUGGGGGGUGAGGACGGAGGGGAGGGCCCCUGCAGGCUCAAGGGGGUGGGAUCCAGGGAGGGAAUGAGGGGUGAGAUGCCGGGUAUGGGUGAUAAUUGCAAAGUGGGGCUGCGGUGAACCAGUGACAAAUUGAGAGUUGAAAGGAAUUUGCGAUUGCUAAUGGCGAUAUGGGGGGGGGGAUUUUCGAGAGAAUCGGAGUGAUCCCGUCAUCCCCGAUGAAGAAUGGGACAGGAGCAGGAUAGAAAGAUGCCGGGUGGGGCCCCGAUCCUAUGCAUGCUUACUUGGAAGUAAGCUUUCACCCUAAGUAAGCAUGGGGAAAGGAUUGUGUGCUUGAACUUGGUGCAAUUUACUUCCGAGUAAAUCUGUAUGGGGAUCAAGCACUCAGGUUUCAAUCCUGUGGGCACUUACCAUGAUGCCGUGCACCGGACUGAAACAUAUUGCAAGCUCAAAUGCGUGUUUACUCAAGAGUAAGUCCCACGGAAUUCAGUUGGGCUUGCUCCUGUUAGGUAAAGCGUGCAUAAGUUUGCAGCCUGGAUCUUCCCGGUCUCAAGCCUUUUACUUUGGAGCAUGUUCUACUGAUUUCAAUAGGAAUGGUUUUGAGCAGCCUCACAUUUUUAAAGAUCCGGUGUAAUCCAUUGAUCCAAGGCUGCUUUGUACAAAGGGCAAAGCAAUUGCAUGCACGGAUUGAUGUGAAGUCAGGCGCAGAUUGUGAUUUGCAGUCUCAAUGUCCUAGUUUAUGUGCACAGAGCAAAAAAGCAUGCAUGCAUGUACAGUCAGCGCACAUUAUUAUUUAUUACAUUUGUAUACCAAUCUUCAUCAGUAGUUUGCAGGGCGGUUCGCAACAAAAAAAAAUACACAAUCAAAACAAAAAAUACACAAUCAAAACAAAAACCACAUAAGGCACACUAGUUAGUGGGUACAGUGGAUUUUCUUAUCAUUUCUGCAGUAGGCCCAGAGAACAUGUUGAUAGGAGGCCUAAACUGGUUGAGUAAACAAAUAAAUAAUUGAGUUAGCAGCACUCGCUUCCAAGAAAGGCCGAGUGUGGUUGUUGUGCUUAUGUCCUCCUUUGCGGGCUUCCCACAAACCAUUUUGUUUUUUUGUGGUUUUUUUAAAAUGAUAUUUAUUAAAGAUACAUGAAAGUACAGAAUAAAGAAAAAGUAUAAAGUUUUAAGAUAUAACAAAAACAGUAAAAAAUAAGAAAAAAAAACAUACAAAAUAGAACAGUUAAAAACACAAUAAUGUUCCAUAACCUAUCUUCCUUACUCUUAUUUCCCCGGACCUCCUCAUACCUCCCUUCUUUGUAUUCCAAUUCAGUUUGUUGGUUCAGCAAAUCCUUACCAUUAAUCUUUUACCCAAUUGUUAACCUUUUUUCCAUGUCUCUUAAAGCAUUACAGCUAAAAACCUCUUAGUUUCUAUCCAACAUCCUUCUAAAGUUCCUUAAUUUUGCAAUAUUUCUGUAAAUAGUCCUUAAAUUUCUUCCAGUCUUCUUUCACCGACUCUUCUCCCUGGUCUCGGAUUCUGCCAGUCAUUUCCGCCAGUUCCAUGUAGUCAAUCACCUUCUUCUGCCAUUCUUCCAAAGUGGGUAGAUCUUGUGUCUUCCAAUACUUUGCGAUAAGUAUUCUUGCUGCUGUUGUAGCAUACAUGAAAAAGGUUCUGUCCUUCUUUGGCACCAGUUGGCCGACAAUGCCCACAAACCAUUUUGUUUACCGCUCUGAGCUCUGGAUUCUGGACUGGGUGGGCCACUGGCCAGAUUUUCCAGGCUUGUCUUACGUUCUUAAAGGUGUCCGGGGGCUGGGAAGCAAAAUUUCAGGAUGGGAUUGGGAUUAGAAAGGUUUAGGGUUUGAGAUAAUAAGGGGAACUGCAAGUCAGGUAGAGGAAUUACCGUGGGGGAGUGCUGUAUUUGAGUUUAGAAAAAAAGAGAGAGCAAAAUAUGGGAUGGCGCAUAUGCAAGAUGAGCAUUGAAGAGGUUGCUAUCAGUAAUAAAUUCUUGGUGGGCAGUGUCAUUAGAAGGAUAGUCUGGGCUGGGGCGCCUCCAGCCGAAGAGCGAAGUUAUUAAAGUGAGAUGUUUAGAUUUGGAUUACGAGACUACCUUCCAAAAAUGCACACAAGCCUCCGUAGAUUUUUGGUAGCGUUUUUAACGUACUGAAGGUUAUAUAAAAUCUAAACUAGAAGGAGGGAAGAAACAUAUCUCUUUCAACACACACACAAUUCCUGUCUGUUCAUUUGCGGGAUAUUUUUUUUACUUAUUGCAGGCAACUGAACAAACUCAGAAAGUGGAGCCUGAACCUUGUAGUUGAAGAAAAAGGGGCUUUGUGAGUUGGCAGAAGAGGUUCUAGGUUGUAGAACAAUACAGAUGAUUUAGGGAUAGUUUGGAACUGAAUAAAAGGGUGCAUUAUCCCUGGCAUUAGAUUAGGAUUACUAGUUGGAAUUUUCAGCUCUAAUUUGGUAUUAAAAACAUUUUGGGUGAAUCCAACAGAAGGGAAAUGGGUAGAGGACAGAAGGCAGAGGAAAUUAGGGUGUGGGGCUUUUGAAAACACCUGCUUUUCUGUCUUGCUUUCAGACUGUAUGUGCAUCUACUAAAUGAUGCUAUGGAUUAUGGGUCCAGUGUGAGUACAGGAUAUUUGGGCAAACCUUAUCCUUUCCACAAUUAUGCAUCUGUGUUUAUUUGGGGAAGAGGGCUGUCAAAUACCUGCAUGUUGUUUACCGUCGAUUGGAUGGUGCCAUGGCUGUGUUUUCCCACUGGAUGCUAACAAAACAAAACAAAAGCUCCAGCAAAAAUAAAUAAAUACCUUGCAUGCAUUAGAAGCAACAAUUCCACAACAAACACCAGUCUGCAAUUUAGGCUGUGUACACACUCCCAUUUACUCUGCACCCUGUGUGUUUCCAUGGCUGGUUUAGGAAGCGGUGUGGACCCAUUAGCCACAAUUUAUAUUCUGCAUCUGUACCGUCAUUUCUCUCCCCUGCCCCCAAUAAUUUUUAUUAAGUUUUUCACAAUUAUAACAAAUAUAACAUAGAAAAAAGAAAAGAAAACACACAAGAGAAGACACCUUAAAAUAGAAAAAAAAAAAUUAAACACAUAUCAUUUGAAAAACCCAAAUUAUCUUACAUUGUUAAUUGACUUCCUCAAAUCCCUCCCUUCUGAAUUUCAUUGUAUCUGCAUAUAACAGCUCUCAAAUAUCAUCCUUCAACUAAAAUUAUUUCCAACAAUUACCUAUCUUCUCUUUUCUUGAUAUUCUAAAUCCAAAUUACUUACAAUUGAAUCUUAUUUUAAUCCUCGGCCUGUUUAGCACUUUCAAGUGACUUCUAAUUAUUUAUAUUACAAUAUUUAGUUAAAUAGUCCUUAAAUUUCUUCCAGUCUUCUUGAUAAUCCUUUUCUUUCUGGUCGCGGAUUCUUCCAGUCUGGUCGGCUAGCUCCAAAAAGUCCAACAUCUUCAUCUGCCAUUCUUCCACCAUUGGAAUUUCUUGGGAUUUCCAAUUUUUAGCUAACAGCAGUCUUGCCGCUGUGGUGGCAUACAAAAAUAGUCUAACAUCUUUUUUGGGCAAUUCCUAUUAUUCCAAGUAGAAAGGCCUCUGGUUUCUUAAUAAAUGUGUUUUUCAACAUUUUUUUCAAUUCAUUAUAAAUCUUUACCCAGAAGUCUUUCACCUUCCACCACAUAUAAAAAAAGGUACCAUCUUUUUCUCUACAUUUCCAACAUAUAUUAUCAUUCAUAUGGCAGAUCUUUGCCAAUUUUACUGGGGUUAAGUACCAUCUGUACAUCAUUUUCAUGAUGUUUUCUUUUAAUACAUUACAUGCAGCAAACGUAACCCCUUUCAUUCCUUUUGGAAUGAGAUCGACAUUCAAGUUUUUAGGUUUUAUUUUUGAAAGUAACAGAUGCAGAAAGCACAGGGAAAUGGCCUAAACAUGAUUGAAGGGGGAUCCCUACUCAGCACCCCCCUUUUUUAAAAAGCAAAGUUCUGUUUUGGGGGAGGGUGAAAAAUAGAGGGCUGGAGAGCCCCUUCCCCGACUUGCAAGCGACCUGCCAGCUGGUUCUGUUUAGCAUUCUCACCAAACACCCCUUUUACCUCUGCGGUCGGUCGCUGCGAAGGACUGAUUGCUUUGGCCCCGUGACCUUCUGUGGCGCUUCUCUAACCUGGAUAAACUUUGUUCCCUGGUAGCAUCCGUCUGCUGAGCCCAGCAAUGGAGGACGCAGAACCCGGUCAGCAGUUCACUAAAAUCAAAGGUUCCGAAAGGGUCGGGAAGAUUGGCAGAGAAGAAGGACAGCUGGAAGAGGGUUCAGAUACGCAGCUACCCCCGUCUACAGGAGAGGGAGGGAAAAGCCUCGUUUUGCUGAAGACGGUACAUUUGAAGGAAGGUAAGGAUGAUUUUGAGGUGGCUCCUCCUGCCCAUCAGCACACCUUGACGCAACAAGAGGCAAGCAUCCUGCAUCCUUUUGAGGUGGUCCCACAGAGCGAAACUGCAGAAGAGGAAAGCCUGGUGAUAAGUUUGCCGGAGGUUUUCUAUGCAGUCCAUGAAACGGAAGGGGUGCACACCCACGGCCUGAAAGAAGUGCAGGCGUUAAAUCACGGAGGUGAAAGGUCAGCGGAGAAGACCCCGGACGCCCUUCGGGUUCAUGUGCAGUCGGUAAGGCAGCUGUGGGAGAACCUGGAUAUAAAUAUGCUUCAGACCUUUUGGAAGCAAAGGGGGAUUGCACUGGCUUUCUGUCCAGGGCGGGUUGAUUUUAAUCAAGGAAAUUGAAACCAACGGUAGUGCGAGAAGUGAGGUUACAGGGAACCAGGCAGAGGGCCUUCUUGGUUAUGGCACCCGCCUGUGGAAUGCCCUCCCAUCAGAUGUCAAGGAAAUAAACAACUACCUGACUUUUAGAAGACAUCUGAAGGCAGCCUUGUUUAGGCAAGUUUUUAAUGUUUGAUGCUUUAUCGCUUAUUAUUAUUAUUAAUAUUCUUUUGGGAGCCGCCCAGAGUGGCUGAGGAUACCCAGCCAGAUGGGCAGGGUAUAAAUUUAUUAUUAUUAUUAUUAUUAGGUGGGAGGGAGGUGAUUUAAAUACAGUUCCUCUUUAGUAUUUCCUAUAAUUAUUUCCUUUUAAAAAUGGUGGCGCUGUGGGUUAAACCACAGAGCCUAGGACUUGCCGAUCAGAAGGUCGGCAGUUCGAAUCCCCACGACGGGGUGAGCUCCCGUUGUUUGGUCCCUGCUCUUGCCAACCUAGCAGUUCGAAAGCAUGCCAGUGCAAGUAGAUAAAUAGGUACCACUCCAGCGGGAAGGUAAAUGGUGUUUCCGUGCUCUGCUCUGGUUCGCCAGAAGCGGCUUAGUCAUGCUGGCCACAUGACCCGGAAGCUGUACGCUGGCUCCCUUGUCCAGUAAAGCGAGAUAAGCGCCGCAACCCCAGAGUUGGCCACGACUGAACCUAAUGGUCAGGGGUCCCUUUACCUUUAGGUACCCUUAGUCUCGCUACUGUGCUUUGCAUCCAGCCUAGAACCCAUUGGAUCUCAAGUUGGCCCCACUGCUGUCAUAUGCUGGUACAGCAGUCUGCCUGCCCGCUACUCUGGUCACAAUGCCCAGCAGCUGCUGCAAGUGUAACAGAAGCUCCUCUGCUGCAUUAAGCCCUGCCAGGCAGUGCUCAGUGUUAGGAGUCGUGACUUAAGAAGAGUUCCAACGCUCUCCGCAAAUUUUUGCCUGGGAUGGAAUCAUCAGUCUGCACACUACGCUUGAUCUUGGCCAAAAGGCCGAGAAGCGAAUCACUCAUCUGGAGCUAUGUGUUGUGUGCCUACAAUUCGCCACAUUUUGAGUUAAUGCUCUUUCUCCUUUUUGUCUUAAAAGCAGAAGGAUAGAAGUAAAUAUGCAAUUGCAGCUGGUGGCAAGGACCAGCAGUUCUUUGUAGCAGAGGAAGACGGAAUCGGCCAUUCCCUUGCGAUGGAGGAGGCAAAACCUCUGAGUGGCAGAAUAGAAGGAGUUGCCUCUCUGUGCCACAGCUCUGAAAACAAGGACCUAAUUGAGGCGCCUGCAUCAAAACAGCGUCUUGUUGUGACAAGCACCAAUGCUGCCAUGAAAGCCCACAGCAACAGGCAAGAAGGUAAGGAGUCGCCUGCACAACAGUGUAUAUUGCACUUCCUUUGUAAAUACAGAUUGUUGUAAGGGCUUCUGGUUCUUUGAUGGUGCCUGCUGUGUGGAUGACUGUAGUUAGGAAAUUGGGGUAAGUAGACCCUUGUUCAGAUCCAGUUGGACAGCUACUUGGGCACCUUUUAGGGCAGCGGUUCUCAACCUGUGGGUCCCCAGAUGUUGGACUACAACUCCCAUCAUCCCUAGCUAGCAAGGCCAGAGCUCAGGGAUGAUGGGCGUUGUAGUCCAACAACAUCUGGGGACCCACAGGUUGAGAACCGCUGUUUUAUGGGAUGUCGUUAGUUUGCUGUUCUUUUUUAUGCAUAGUUAUUCAUUCGUGCAUGGUACUUCGGCCCCUCCAAGUGCCCCUGUUUUCCAAGGACAGUCCCAGAUUUACAGAAGCCGUCCCAGUUCCUGAUUUGAUCCCAGAAUGUCCCGCUUUCCCUCAGGAGGUCCCUAUUUUCUUAGGAGAAAUGUUGGAGGGCAUGGAGUUCUGCAAACCCUGAGCCAAGGAGAUAAGUAACUAUACAACCUUUAGUUGACUUCUGAAGACAGCCCUGUACAGUGGUACCUCGGGUUACAGAUGCUUCAGGUUACAGGCGCUUCAGAUUACAGACUCCGCUAACCCAGAAAUAGUACCUCAGGUUAAGAACUUUGCUUCAGGAUGAGAACAGAAAUUGCGCGGCGGCAGCGGGAUGCCCUAUUAGCUAAAGUGGUACCUCAGGUUAAGAACAGUUUCAGGUUAAGAACAGACCUCCAGAACAAAUUAAGUUUUUAACCCGAGGGGGUGGCGCUGUGGGUUAAACCACAGAGCCUAGGACUUGCCGAUCAGAAGGUCGGUGGUUCGAAUCCCCGUGACAGGGUGAGCUCCCGUUGCUCGGUCCCUGCUCCUGCCAACCUAGCAAUUCAAAAGCACGUCAAAGUGCAAGUAGAUAAAUAGGUACCGCUCCGGCGGGAAGGUAAGCGGUGUUUCCGUGCGCUGCUCUGGUUUGCCAGAAGCGGCUUAGUCAUGCUGGCCACAUGACCCAGAAGCUGUACGCCGGCUCCCUCGGCCAACAGAGCGAGAUGAGCGCCGCAACCCCAGAGUCGGUCACGACUGGACCUAAUGGUCAGGGGUCCCCUUUACCUUUACCUUACCACUGUAUAGGGAAGCUUAUUUUAAUGUUUGAUGUUUCAUUAAGUUUUUAUAUAUGUUGAAAGCUGUCCAGAGUGCCUGGUGUUAGUCAAGACGACAGGCCAGUGGGACUCCAACGGGGGGAGGGGGGUUUCAUAUUAGCUGCAGAACCAGGGGGAGCGCCUGUUUGAAUGCUAGUCCCUGGUCAGUAACAGUGCCCUGACGGUGGGCUUCUCAGCGACAACUGGUUGUCCAAAGAGGAGCUUGAAACUGAAUAGACCUUUAGGCUGAUCCAGCAGGGCUGUUCUCACGGGAAGGGGAAUGCAGGAUUUGCACUGAGGGGGAGGAUGGCCGUAUUAAAAGUGCCUGCGUCUCGUUGCCGACCUGCUUUCUCAGUUCAUAAUAUGUGCCCUCAGCCCACCGAGCGGUUUGUUGUUUCCAUAGCGCUUGUUAUUAAGGCAAAAAGAAGUUAAUGGUGGAGGAAGGGGAAAGUUCACUACUUUUAUCCUGUUUGGGCUUAACUUUUGUGGAGGAAACGUCCUUGGUAAACUCGGAGCUAGUGAAAGAUUGUUUGCGUGGGCAUGAAUCACUGGCAAAGAGGACAAAUUUGCUCAGCUCAUCCAGGCCACCAGGUAAUAUUUGCAGGCUGACUCACAGAAAGGCCGCCCCAGAAAGAGGCAACUGCCUUUGCGGGGUGAGUCGCGAUGGGGGGGAAGAUGGUUUUAACUUCUGCACCAGUGGUGCAGAGGAUCUUGUCUGUGGCUUAUUUGACCUGAAACCAGCUGCGUUCUCCUAGGGGAUGUGCUGCACCGUUGCAGUUUGUGCGCGUUCGCCUGUUUCAGCGCGUCAGGCCUUCAUCGCCACGUGAAAAAGCACUCUGAGGAAAAGCCCCACCUAUGCCACCUCUGCCUUAAGGCUUUCCGGACUGUCUCCCUCUUGCGCAACCACGUGAACACGCACACAGGUACGGACUGGCACACGUGGCUUCCGGCAAAUUGGGAGCCAAAGUGGGAGACAACAUAGAUCUUUCAGGACUGGUGUGAUAUGGUCGUGGGCGGCCACUCCUGGUCACCAGCCUAGCGGUCGCAUUCGGAAUUAGUUGCAGUUUCUGAGCCGCCUUCAAAGUGGGGCAAAGGGGUGGAAGGAACAAGAAACCCCGACAAUAACAAACUGGCAUUACAAGCUACAAGAAUUUGCUGAAAUGGCGCAGUUAACAAAUACCCUGAGAGGCAAUUCAAAACAAAAAUUUAUGGAAAAGUGGGAUGGAUAUAAAACAUAUGUUCAAAAAUACAGUAAAGGUUCGCUAUCUAUGCUAGCAUUUGAUUGACGUUGGAAUGAGACUGAGUUGAGAAAUAAGACUAAGAGCACAUAUUGAUAUAGGAAUGUAUUAGAUAAUAUGUAAAGAAAUAUAUAAUAAUAAGAAUACAUUCAUUUGUAAAAAAGGACUAUACAACGGGAAAGACAGGAAGUCUAGUGUGUGGGUAUGUAUAUGAUUUGGGGGGGGGGAUUUGUUUUUGUUUUUUCUCGGUUUUUUGUUUCGUUUCAUUUUCUUUCCAGAUAUAUAAAAUUUGUAUAUAAUUUAUGUAUACGUGUUGGAAAUUAUAUUAUAGUAAGUCCUGUAAUAUAAUAUGACAACGUUUACCGAUGUAAUAUAAGAAUGUUAACAAAUAAAUAAAAUGCAAAUUCAAAAAAAAAAAAAAGGUUACCCCACAUAGAGUGCAUUGCAGUAGUCCAGGGGAGUCCAGCAUCUUGCUCUCGUGGGGGUCAAACGGAUGCUCAUUAUGGGAAACCAGCGAGCAGAACAUGAGAGCAAGUGAGUUCUCCCCUCUUGCACUUCCCAGCGACCCACCACUGCCUUCAGCUGCGGGGGCAGAGGGUAGCCACCCCGGCUAGCAGCCGCCGACAGCCCCCUCCUCACGUCUGGUUUCUCCCGACAGGGACUAAGCCGUACAAGUGCAGCGAAUGCGACAUGGCCUUCGUGACCAGCGGCGAGCUUUCGCGGCACCGGCGGUACAAGCACACCCUUGAGAAGCCCUUCAAGUGCUCGUUCUGCAGCUAUUGUAGUGUGGAGGUAAGUGCGGCGCUUGCAGGAGAACCGCUCCGAGUGCCGUACUUGGUAAAGAGGACAGGCUUCUGUUUUGCUUUUCAGAGGGAAGGACGCUUUCCGAGAGAGGCACCUGCCACUUGCAAUGUGCACGCUCACUUCUGUUCCUUCGCCUGCGACGUUCACUAUUCGUAUGCAGCAUUUACGUGGCUAAAGCUUUGCGGGUGGCUUAUCUGCGGCGGGCCGGUGGGAACAGCCAACAAGACAAUGAAAAAUAAGACAGCAAUAGGAACAGAGGGUGCUGAUUCAUAGGGAGCCAGGUCGUUGGUUCAUCUAUGCCUGUACAGUCGUACCUCGGCUCUCAAACGCCUUGGGAGUCGAACGUUCCGGCUCCCGAACGAUCAAAAACCGGAAGUGAAUGUUCCGGUUUUCGAACGUUCUUUUGGAAGCCGAACAUCCGACGGGGCUUCCAUGGCUUCCGAUUGGCUGCAGGAGCUUCCUGCAGCCAAUCAGAAGCCGCACUUUGGAAGUCAAACGUUCCCGAACAGUUUCUGUUUGACUUCCGAGGUACAACUGUACCGAAAAAUGUCAUGGAUUUUACUUCCCCUUGGCCCCAGCCAGCGUAUAAGGGACGAUGGGAGGUCCAGCAAGAUUUGAAAGGCCACAGAUUCCCCAGAACUACCUGGUGAAAUACAGUGGUACCUCAGGUUACAUACGCUUCAGGUUACACACUCCGCUAACCCAGAAAUAGUACCUUGGGUUAAGCACUUUGCUUCAGGUUGAGAACAGAAAUUGUGCUCUGGCGGCGCGGCAGCAGCAGGAGGCCCCAUUAGCUAAAGUGGUGCUUCAGGUUAAGAACAGUUUCAGGUUAAGUACGGACCUCCAGAACAAAUUAAGUACUUAACCUGAGGUACCACUGUAACUUAAUCUGUUUCAUUUGGCAAUAACAUGCAGUCUUAAAAACAGAUACAAAACCAGCCAGGUUAUCAUUCUGUAAUAUGAAGUGGUGAGUUCCACCAGUUUACUCUCAGCUCAGGGGAAAACUAAACCUAAUAUUUUUUUAAGAAAAAGUUUGGAAUUUCCAACCAUUUGUCACGAUGGCAAUCACUGACAUUUAUAACACUUGUAGUAGCAAACUUAAUUUUUUUUUUAGUGAUGAGUUAUUCUGGCAGGGUGCCUGGCACUAUCAUGCUUUUUAAUUUCUUCCCGUCGGUAACCACAGGCCAGCAAGUUGAAGCGUCACAUUCGCUCGCAUACAGGAGAGCGCCCGUACAACUGCACCCUUUGCACCUAUGCUAGCAGGGACACUUACAAGCUGAAGAGGCAUAUGGUCACUCACUCUGGUAAGAAUUAGGAAUGCGGCAGUUGUCAUGGAAAUAUUUCACUGAAGGAGGGGAGCGAUGCCUCCCUCUAUGAGCUUAGAGUCUUAGACAGUGCCGGGCCGUAGAAGGAGGAAAGGGCAAGAAACUCCCUGGGAACAGUUGGAGGGGAGGUAUACAGAACUGUCUUCGUUCCCGCUAAUAGCAAACUCAGGUACUCAGUGCCAACAGGAUAGAAGUCAACUCAGGGCCAGUGAAAAACAAGAGGGAGGUAUUGGCGUAGCUGGUGGAACACCAAGACCCUACCAACGUGUCCUGUUUAUAUCCUAGAUUAGUGUUGGCUCGAAAUCACACUCUCCAACUGCAGGUAUGAGUUAGCUAGGUGACAUCCAUGAUCUGCACAGAAACAGUUGUUUUCUCUUCAACAUUAAGUUGAGAAAGGGUUCUGUGUGACCUAGAAACUUGCAUCCUGAAUCUAAAACUCUCGUUGGGUAAAUUAAAAUCAAUGGGUGGCAUUCAGCUAAGUUUUACUUACCGGUACUUAAUUAAUUGACAAAACUUAUAUACCACUUAUUACGUUGGAUAGUUGGUAGAGCACGAGACUCUUAAUCACAGGGUCAUGGGUUUGAUGUUGGGCAAAAGACUCCUGCUUUGCAGGGAGUUAGACUAGAUGACCCUCGUGGCCCCUUCCACCUCUGUGAUUCUGUGACGUGUUGCGAGUUUUAUGUGGCACAUGUUCCCGUUCCGUGCGAUUACCAUGGGAUGAAUCAAGCAGACAAACCAGAAUUCUUGAAAUCUAAAUGAAAUUAAUACAUGUUAAAGAUGCUAUAGAGGAGAAAUACACACCUGACAUUUACAACAGCAAUAAAAUCAGGAGUAAAACAAAAAAGAAGUCUGUGUGUAAAACAUCACUGCAUUUUUCAGCUGUGACAUUUUGCUUGCUAAUUCACAUCUUCCAUCUUUUUCCUCCCAGGUGAAAAACCCUUUGAGUGUCAGAUUUGCAAGGCCAGGUUCACUCAGGCUGGAACUCUGAAGUUCCACAUGUUGCACAAACACGAGGAAAAUGUGCCAAAAUACCAGUGUCCACACUGUAACACGUCUGUGGCCAGAAAGGGUGAUUUAAGUAAGUCCCAUUACCUCUUUCUUUCUUUUUUUUAAGCGUUCUUUGAAAUCGACGGAGAAUUAGGCUUGGCAUCAUUUUAACUUAAGAAACUGCUACCUCAGAUAUAUUGUUAAUCUGGCUCAUUGGUUCCAAAUGAAUACCUAGCUUGAAAUCUUUGCAGCAGGCAAACCGUGAUUUCUCAAAUGCGAGCAGCAAGAAGGCUUUUUGAAGAGGCCAGCAAGCAUUAUUCCAAUGCAUGUACAAAUCAGUUGAGUCCAAGAUGCUUAUGAAAUUCUCCCAUCAAAAUUUCUCUUAUUUUUUGUUUGUUUGUUUCCAGCUCUGGGGUUGAAAAUACUCACUGAAGAGCAGCUUCACUGAAGAGCAGGAUAUAAACAAAUAAAUUGCUUUGCAGGAAUGUGUGUGCUAGGCACAAUUGAAUACACAAAUUGUAUAUGGGGGGGGGGGGGAGAAUUGCACCAAAAAGCUGGUGAACUUCCAGGAGAACUUCUUACUUUCUUUCCCAAAUGCAAACAGAUGUAGUCCAGUCUACUCAUCGGUAGAUCAACUGCUUUGCAUGCGGAAGUGUCAAGUUCAGCCUUGGGCAGCUGCAGGUAUCACUAGUAGAGAAGUCUGUCUGAAAUCCCAGAGAGCAAGUGUAGACUAAACUGGUCUGACCCAGCCUAGUUAUGCAAGUGGCGUGCCUCCCCCAAUCUCUGCCAAGCGGGAGCAGGGUUCCAGGGCGUCCCCAGGAUUUUGGUUCCAUUGGGAAAUCAAGGCACAGCGGAGACUAUUGUCUUUUAAGAAAUAGGGUUUAUUGCACACAUGCGGCCUAGGACCCACAUACCUACGGGACUGCCUCUCCUGGUAUGCCCCGCAGAGGACCUUAAGGUCCACAAAUAACAACACUUUGGUGGUCCCGAGCCUCAAGGAGGUUAGAUUGGUUUCAACUAGGGCCAGGGCCUUUUCAGCACUGGCCCCAACAUGGUGGAACGCUCUGUCACCAGAGACUAGGGCCCUGCGGGACUUGACAUCUUUCUGCAGGGCCUGCAAGACCCUGGCCUUUGGUUUGGACUCGGUCUGACCCUUAUGUUUCCCUUCCCUUAUGGUCUUGAUUUAUCAGCUAUUUUAAAAUGAGGCUGCAUUUUAAAUUCCAUUUUAACCUGUAGUUUAAAUUGGGGUUUUUUUCCCCUCGCUCUCCCCCCCCCCCCAUUAUGUUUUUGCUGUGAUUUUAUUUUAUUGGUGUUAGCCGCCCUGAGCCCGGCUCUGGCCGGGGAUUGCGGGGUAUAAAUUAUUAUUAUUAUUAUUAUUAUUAUUAUUACGUUGGAGUCCAAGGCAUCCUACAUGCUGUCUCCGUGUCCCAGCCUGCCAAGGUGGUUCCACCUGGGGGUCCCUGGCUCCACCUUCCUCCUUCCCAAGGAUGCUUGCUUCAAGCCACUUCUCCCCAUCUGUCUCCCCUCCCCUCUGUUUUUCAAAAAGGGCACAUUUUCCCUGUGUGACCUCACUCUCCCAGCUGCCUUUCCUUCUGUUGACUAACAGGCAGCAGCCCCUGCCUGGUAAAUUGUUCUUUAAUGGCCCGGGUACUUAGUUCUCCUCCUGUUCUUAACGGCAUUGCUAUCACUGAUCUCCCAAACAGGAGAAUUGGUUCAGCCUCUGUUUUAAAUCUGAGGUCUGGCAUCUUCCCUUCAAUACAGUCAUACCUCGGGUUACAGACGCUUCAGGUUGCACAUUUUCGGGUUACGGACACGCCAAAACCCGGAAGUACCGGAACGGGUUACUUCCAGGUUUCGGCGCAUGCGCAGAAGCACUAAAUCACACUUUGCGCAUGAGCACCAAAUCGCGACCCAUGCAGAUGCAGCGCUGCAGGUUGCGAACGCUGCAGGUUGCGAACGUGCCUCCCGCACGGAUCACGUUCGCAACCCAAGCGUCCACUGUACUCUGAAUAUUAUCUGAAUUCUACCAUUUAUUAAUUUCUGGCAUACUCCAGCAGUUGUGGUGCUUUUGCAUCCUCAAACUCUGCUACGCCUAGCUUUUCCGAUUAUUCCAAGGGAGGUUUUUACGCAGGAGCAAUACAAGGCCUGCGAGACUAGGCAACUUUCCCCAAUUUCUGUUUGUACCAAAGAGAACUGGCACCACCUUGUGGCAGUUCUGAAUUGCAGGAACAUUUGUGGCUGUGUUCUAAUCCACAGAGUCAAUGAAAGCGUGUCUUUGGUGUGGGUCCUGGGCAAUGUUGCUAGUCUGACAAGGGGGGUGGGGUGGGAUGGGGACCCAUAAAGCUAAGUUGAGGUUUCCUUCCUUGAAAUUCAUCAAAAGUGGAGGAACAGCUGAAGACAGUGCUUUUUCUUAAUGCUAGGCCAGCCUAGCAUUAUGGGGGUGAAAAACCUGUGUGUGUGUGUGUGUGUGUGUGUGUGUGUGUGUGUUUAUCUAUCUUCUGUGAAUAAUUUCCAGUCUGACUGGGGUUGGUGAGUGUCUCAUGAACUUAAACCUUGGUCUUGAGUGUACCUUUUUCCCCGUGGAAUUGUAAGACACUAUGAAUAGAAAUGGCAGAAUAUAACAUAUGCCUAUUGUGGGACGCGGGUGGCGCUGUGGGUUGAACCACAGAGCCUAGGACUUGCUGAUCAGAAGGUCGGCGUUUCAAAUCCCCGCGACGGGUUGAGCUCCCGUUGCUCGGUCCCUGCUCCUGCCAACCUAGCAGUUCAAAAGCAUGAAGUCCAAGUAGAUAAAUAGGUACCACUCCGACGGGAAGGUAAACGGCGUUUCCGUGCGCUGCUCUGGUUCGCCAGAAGCGGCUUAGUCAUGCUGGCCACAUGACCUGGAAGCUGUAUGCCAGCUCCCUCGGCCAAUAAAGCGAGAUGAGCGCCGCAACCCCAGAGUCAGUCACGACUGGACCUAAUGGUCAGGGGUCCCUUUACCUUUACCUUUAUUGUGGGCAUUGGAUCACAAGAUUAUUAGUCCUAGAUCUCAACUCUUGACUUGCACCCGGUUUCGGAAUAGCAUAACAGACAUGUGCGCAGGAAGGAGGGAAGAAUCGCCCCCUGGGUAACUGGGGUUUGAUUUGCGUUCCCCAAUCGUCGGUGCAAGAAAUGGAAGGUGACGCUAUAAGGCAUUGGGCAGAGUUAAGGUAAUAUAGGAGAGGUGAGGCCUGAAACAAAGAUCCCAACUGUGUGGUACAUUUAAAGCAGAAUUAUACCACUGACAAGAAUUCUGGGAGCUGUAGUUUGUUAAGGUUGCUUGGAGAGCAGAGAUUGCUUUUAGUAUACGUGAUUAUUCUACUGAAAAACAGAAUCAAGACAUGCCUUUUCAAUUUGUAGAAAGGUCUGAAUAGCUCAGCUGUAGAUCAUAGAAACAUUGGCGUCCCAACUUCUGUAUUUUCCUGGAACUUUUUCUUUUUUUGGUGGAGGUAAUUUUUUUAAUUCCUAUUUUUGCAUCGCUUAGCACAAGUCCAGGGAGAGUUGAAAGAGGACGUGGAAUGGCAAUGAAAAUCAAUUCAGGGAAUGCUUCCUUUGAAGUUGUGGAGAGUCUCUUCUGUGGGCUUUUAUUGUCGCAUGGGUCUGGCCCAGAGCGUCCAUUAACAUCUGAACUCUUAUAUCUGCAUAGCAAACACUAAUUGAUUAUAUGAGUCUUGGAAGCCCUGGCUGCUUUUAAAUUUCAUUAAGCCAGUGUAGCAGAAUUAUUAUUUUUGAAUACAAGAGAACCAUAGCACACGUUACAGCGAAGGGAUCUUAUUGCAAUGGCUGGGUUUGCUUUGGGACUGGGGUGGAAGUCAAAGCACAGUAUAUCAGAGCCUUUUCCAUCUGAAGGUGAAAAAAGCCCCUCACAUUGCAGGGAUUAUUAUUAUUAUUUGGUCGUAAUCUGGUAACUAGGAGCUUUUCAAGUACAUUUGGAAUUGCUGCUAUAGAAUUAAAAUGUUAUAAGACUGUGCUAUCGGGUACCGUUAAGGAUGCACUGGGCAGCCCUUUGCUCAACCCAAAAUGGCUGGAGCUUUUGCGAUUGCUUGGUUUGAGCACUUGCAAAAGACAUUUCAGAGCUCUCCACCGCCUCUGCUGUCGGUGCCUACCCUGCAAGGGCAAGGAGAGGCAAUGGUGGAAUGGCAGAAGGAUGCUGUACUGGGGACAUGGAGUGCCUGCCACCUUCCGCUGUCCCAGGUAGCUAUUCUGGGCUCUUGGGAGCAGGGUAAGGAAGAAGCAGUUCUCAGCAUCAUGGAGAGCCCAGCCCUGCUUACUAUUAAGCUGAGCAAAGAUUGGUCCUCCUAGUUCCUGCUUGCAAGCAUCUGAUCACAGGCUCUCCCUUUUUAAAAAGCUCUGUGAAUGUUUGCAACACCCCUGGUAGUUAUUUGUCAUAGCUGCGGUUUGAUACGCUGAGAUGCGAGCUAAAAGAAUAUUGCAUGGCAUAUAGACCACUGUUCCUAGGGGGCUGUUGUGCCAACAUAGCAGGGUAAAAAACAGCUCUAUGGGGCAGGGGUCAGCAACCUUUUUCAGCCGUGGGCCAGUCCACCGUCCCUCAGACCAUGUGUUGGACCGGACUAUAUUGGGGGGGGGGAUGAAUUAAUUCCUAUGCCCCACAAAUAACCCAGAGAUGCAUUUUAAAUAAAAGGACACAUUCUACUUAUGAAAAAACACGCUGAUUCCCAGACCGUCCGUGGGCUGGAUUGAGAAGGCGAUUUAUAUGUGCAAACCUUUCAAAAGCUAGAGUGGAACUAACAGGUAUACCAUGCAGGUGCUCUCGCUGUGAAGGUAUGAUUUGCUGCACGUCUCUGUUGAGUUGUACACUCAGCGGUAAAUCUGGAUUUGCUACCGUGAGAAUUGUGGUCUUGUGGCUUCUGCGUCUGUCUCUAUCUGAGGCUGGAUUUUGGAAGCCCAUAGUUCUUCAGCUGUGCUGGAUCAAUGCAUCUGCUCAAGGAGACUCUGGGUAUGUAAACUCUCUGGGAAAAUACCAUACUUUUCCGUGUAGGUUUUUCCCUUUAAAAAUUAUGCUAAAAAGUGGGGGCCGUGUUAUACAUGGGUAGUGCAUAGGGUGGACGUUUGAUUGGUUGCUGCCGCGGCUGUCAGUGGCUAUUGGGCGUGUCAUUGGUUGCUGCGUCAAGGGGUGUUGUUGAUUGACUGACGCUGUGGCAAUGUGGCGAGUGAGGGGACAGAUGAGAGGGAGGUGGAUUUUGCGAUGCAGGUGAGCGAUUUUUGGCAGUCCUCCCUAAAAAAAGCUCAACGACUCUGUGCCAUCUCCCCCCGUUUUCUAAAAUUUGAGUCCCCCAAAAUAGGGGGCGUCUUAUACAUGGGGGCGUCUAAUACACGGAAAACUACGGUAAUCUGUAGAAAUACUUUUCAAAAAAGAAGAAGCUCCCCUCCAUCUUUCGGAAGGAUCGUUGCGAUGAUGCUGUUCUCCUUAGGAAUCCACUUGCGAAACCUCCACUCCUAUAUCGAAGUGCCGCUGAAGUGCAGUUCCUGUGAAAAUGUCUUCCAUGAGCGCUACGCUUUCAGACAGCAUAAGAAAACCCACACAAAUGAGAAGAGAUUCAGAUGUGACGAGUGCAGUUACGCAUGCAAGCAGGUAUUUAAGACAGUCGGGGUCUGAAUGUGGGUUUGAUGGGAUUAGUUUGCUGUGGGAGAUGUGUUUCCUUUGAUCGCCAUGCAAAUAUUUGUCGCCGCAGUCUGUCGCUAAAGUCCUAUACAUUUUUUUUAAAAAAAAACAAGAUUUUCUGGUACAAGAAGCAGGGGAUAUUUAUACUAAGUAUUGCAGUUUUUGAUGUGCUUCUAAGCAGAGAUGCUCGCCGUCGACAUGAUCAGAGGAGAAAUUCUGUAUCUGAAGUCGCUUCUCUCUGCCACAUGCCAGAAAUAAUAUUUGAACUGCGAGAAUGAAAAUGGACAAAAUUAUAUUGGCAUGUGAUCAAGUGGUAAUUAAUUGAUUCCUGCUUUUAAAGGAGCUGAAAAUACGUUAAAAGCUGGUUUGCUUCAAAAGGAGCUGUAACUUAGUGGUAGGACAAAAGAUUUGCCAUAUGCAAAUUUUUAUAAUUGCUUUGGGGUAAGGCUGUGAGCCUCUAAACCACAGAGCCUAGGACUUGCCGAUCAGAAGGUCGGCGGUUUGAAUCCCCACAACGUGGUGAGCUCCGGUUGCUCGGUCCCAGCUCCUGCCAACCUAGCAGUUUGAAAGCACGUCAAAGUGCAAGUAGAUAAAUAGGUACCGCUCCGGCAGGAAGGUAAAUGGCGUUUCCGUGCGCUGCUCUGGUUCGCCAGAAGCGGUUUAGUCAUGCUGGCCACAUGACCCGGAAGCUGUACACCGGCUCCCUCGGCCAGUAAAGCGAGAUGAGCGCCGCAACCCCAGAGUCGGCCACGACUGGACCUAAUGGUCAGGGAUCCCUUUACCUUUAACUUAAGGCUGUGAAAGCGCUAGAGCACCCAGUCACUGAGAUCCAGCUCUGAGGGCCUUCUGGAGUUCCCUCACUGCGAGAAGUGAGGUUACAGUAAACCAGGCAGAGGGCCUUCUCGGUGGUGGCACCCGCCCUGUGGAACACCUCCCAUCAGCAUUGGAUACAACCCCUUAUACUGAAGGGAAAGCAGUGAGUAGCCUCACAAACACAUUCUGGAUUGAAUCUCUGCGGUUGCUUUGUUUUCAGAAUAAAAAUGUCCCAUUUAAGCAAGUUUCCCCUCCCCCCAUAUGUGUUAUUUGGCUCUCGGACAUUUGCCCCCAUUAUGUUCUCUGAUCAUAUCUCCACCAACCUAAAUAAAUACCAAUAAAUAAAUGAAAAGCAGGGUACAUACUUUCCUCAUUUCCUAGCUUACGCAUAUGUAGAAAUGAACGAAUUAUGCAUGCUUCAUCCUCUUUGCCCGACUUUGGGAGAGAGUUUGGAAUUAAAAUGCAUAAAUUCAGUAGAGCCAGUUCUCCAUGGUGCAUUUAUUUGUUUGUCUUGUUGCAUUACUAAUUUCAACACAACUGGGUUUUUUUUUUACUUCUGUUUGAACUGGUCCUGGCAUUCUCAAAUAAUGAGAUUAGUGUACACGUGUGUGUUUUCAAAGGAUUAAUUUAUUUUUGAAACAAACUUGGAACUAAAGCAAGAGUUUUCCAGUCGUGCUCUUUCUACUCUCGAGUAGUAGAAAACGGGCAUUAAAAUAGGGCCAAGUUACAGAUGCCAGCAGUUUUUCAUCCCUCCUACUUCCCCAACGUUGUAUCCUUGCUCCUAAAGACACUUCCUUGGAUCAGGGCGACAGAACACCUGCUUUGCAUGCAGAAGGUCCCAGCUUCAAUCUCUAGCAUCACCAGGCAGGGCUGGGAAAAGCCCCCUGCCUGGAAUCCUGGAGUGCUGCUGCCAGUCAGUGGAGACAGUACUGAGAUAGAUGGACCAAUGGUCUGAAUCUGCAUAAAGCAGCUUCCUUUGCACUUAACAUUGGACCUCAGCCACUUACUGUGUUUUGGCAUAGGCAAAGGCUCUUCGGCUUUCUCCUCCCCACGGAAAACAGCGACGGAGGCUAAAUUCGCUUCUGUCCCUCACCUUAUGCUCUUCUGCUCCCUCUUACAUAUACAUGAAGCAGGACAUGGGCAAAUGGCAGCGAGUACCAAAGCAGGUGGCACUGUGGGUUAAACCACAGAGCCUAGGACUUGCCGAUCAGAAGGUCGGCGGUUCAAAUCCCCAUGACGGGGUGAGCUCCCGUUGCUCGGUCCGUGCUCCUGCCAACCUAGCAGUUCGAAAGCAAGUCAAAGUGCAAGUAGAUAAAUAGGUACCGCUCCGGCGGGAAGGUAAACGGCGUUUCCGUGCACUGCUCUGGUUCGCCAGAAGCGGCUUAAUCAUGCUGGCCACAUGACCUGGAAGCUGUACGCCGGCUCCCUCGGCCAGUGAAGCGAGAUGAGCGCCGCAACCCCAGAGUCGGUCACGACUGGACCAAAUGGUGAGGGGUCCCUUUACCUUUACCAAAGGAUGCAACGGGAGACCUUUGCCCAUGCUGUUUGCAUAGGAGUUGGAAGGGGUAAAGUCCCCUUUGCCUUUAUCCGGGUCCAUGCAGAAGUAAGGAAGAAAUCCAGGCUUGCUAGUCCUUCAAAAUGUGGUCCUUGUUGGCAGCUAGUUGCUCAUUUGGGCUUUUCAGAUUAUUUCUCAGCAAAUGCCCUAUCUAUCAGUUUUCCAAGUUUCUCAGAAGGGCCCCUCACGAACUUGACCUCCCUGCUGUGCCCCCAGACUCCUCUUUUAGGCAGGCAGCUCCCAUCCGCCAUGUGUACCUGCCCAGAAUGCAUUGCCUCAGCCUAUAGAUCUAUAACGUCUGUAAAACCCAGUCUAGAGAUCUAUAGGCUGGAGGCAUUGGAUGCUGGUUAAAUUUAAGAUGGCGGCUGGCCACUGCAGAUGGGAGCUAAGCUCGGCUCCCAUUCAAAAGCGAAACCACCGCCUGCCCAGCACUAAAAUGCCAUCCAAGGGAGGCUGAUGGGUGCUGAUGCUGUUGCCCCUGAAGCAGAGGCGUGGGGCAGCCUGCACAGUCGUGUCCACAUGGCGGGGGAAUGUGCCAUCAGAUGCACCGUGGCAAGGACCUCCUGAAGUGUGGCUCCAGUUCUGUUCCCCAUUCAGUCCUCCUGCCGAAAACGAGUGACCUUCAUGGGGUGGGGUCAGCAGACACACAUGGGUUGGAGCAGAUAGGGUCAGUGGCGUUCAGGGAAUGCAUGCAGGAAGCCCUCAUGAGACUGGAGAGCUUGCUCAACUCUAACACAAGGAGCAUGUAGCUCCGUAGGUGUCAGGAGUGAGCCGGCAGUAAAUCACACUGUGCAAGUUGGAGUUAACUCUUGAUUAGCAAGAACACAAUCUGCACAGACUUGGCGGCUUAAUGAGCAUAGCAUCCCUGGUAGGUCUUGUCACAUGAAUCAGUUGCCAAGACUAAAAGUCCCCACCUCCCCACAGCAGUCUUAAGUACCUUCCUCUCCAGGGUUCUUCCCAAGCAGUCGGAGACUGCGCCUCCGUGACGCCAACCUCUCCUCUGCCCUUUUCAUCCCUCUUCUGGUUCUGUACAUUUCCAGGCGUGGCUGCUGAAACGCUUGGCUUUCCUUCCAGUCAGUCCUCCUCCUUUUCCUUCCCCACCAGGAACGCCAUAUGGUUAUUCACAAACGGACACAUACAGGCGAGAAGCCCUUCGUCUGCGUAUCUUGCAGCAAACGCUUUCGACAGAAACAGCUCCUGAUGGUCCAUUUCAAGAAGUACCACGACUCCAGUUUUCAGCCAAGAGUGUACAAAUGCCCGAAAUGUGGCAAAGGCUAUUCUCGCUGGGUGAGUUGACUUUGCUUUGUAAAGGAAAUGUCUCUCCUGUCAAACAGAUCCAGAACUGUGUGUGCUCCGUGGGUUACAUACAAGCACAAUAGCAAAAAAAUAUCUGGUAUGGGUUGCAAAAUUCAGCCAUGUGGCAGUUUCAGCUGCUAUUGUGCUUUUUGUUUGGCAUCAAGGCAGAGGGGGGCAUCAGGACCCUGAUAGAGGCACUGCCAGUCAAGGCAGGCAAUGCUAUCAUAAACCAGGGGUUGCCAAGCUUUGUAGGCCCCUGGGCACAUUUGGAUCAGUGUGUGUGUGUGUGUGUGUGUGUGUGUGUGUUUGUGUGUGUGUAUGCGUGCACACUUUGCUUUUCCAAGGAAUCCAGUAAAAGUCAGAUCCAGCAGAAUUAAAUAGAGAAAAACACAGAAAAACCAUAAGAAAUCUGUAUCGUGGCAUUAUAACCAAAAAUGCAAAAGAAACGCAUCCGUUAAGAAACAAGGACUCAAUCAGUAAAAGAGAGCAGUUUGGGGAAUCUUAUGUUUAUGUUAUCAGGAAUGAAUACGUAUUAUUAUUUAUAUUUCAAAAAUAUAGCACACGCUAGUAUAAAAGAACAGGGAGGGUGUAACAAAUCUAUGUCAAAUCCCACAAAGUCAGUUGAGGUCACUUGUUACCUUGUUACACAUGACCUUUCAGAACGAAAUUUAAUAUUUCCAUUUGUAUAUCCCCACCGUGAGCCUAAAUCAUAGAUCUCUAGAGUGCGAAGGGACCCCAAGGAUUAUCUAGUCCAGCCCCCUACAAUGCAGAAAUCAUGGUCAAAUGUUGAUCCUAAGUUAUAUAAUUCAUUGAAUUAUAUUGAUCCUAAUAGACAUUGAUCCUGAUGCAAUUCAUUGAAUCGGUGACUAUAAGCCCUAACUCUUGACAGGCAGACAGACGGAUAUUGUGCAUAAUAUACUAGAUAGCUGAAUCUUGGUGUGUGUUUUUUAUCCCUUAUUCCGAGCAGAAUAAUAUGCGAAAGCAUGCUGAAAAGUGCGGCGAGUUAAGGACCGUUCAACCUAGCAAAGGGAACAAGAAUAAAAAGAAAGAAAACAAGGGGUCCAGCCACGACACUAAAGAAGGAGGUAAUCUUUGAGGUGACUUCAGGUGAAAGGGAGAUUGUUCGCGUGCUGCGAUCGCGCUGAGUUGUUCCUUGCGAGCAUGCAGCUUUCUGCUCACACAGCCGCACGCAACAUGUGUUUAUUAUUUUGGCAAGGGAGAUUUGGCAUUGGCCUGGGCCUAAAAGGUCUCAUUGUAUACCUGCAUUGUAUAUUAGCAUAACUAUAUACAAUAUAUUGCAUAUAUUAUUAUGUGACAGGGCUACGUGCGUGCAGCUCCAGUUGCAGUCAUGCUUGCACAGAUCAGGGCCAUCUGUCAGGGAUCCUAUAACUGAUUCCUGCAUCGCAUUGGGGUUGGAAUAGAUGGCCCCCAGCAGUCCCUUCCAACUCUACUGUCAGGAACUGGGCAGAGGAGGAAUGGCGGAGACCGCCUCCCCAUCCUGACCCUUCCAGGGAGGAGGAAGAGGAAGACAGUAUAGGUUUACAACAGGGGUUUGAGGGAGGUCGCAGCUCAGAGGCAGAUGAGGGGAAAAGCUGUGAAAUCUUGGGAGAGCCGGAACAACACCCAGCUGACAAGUUGUCAUUAGAAAGCAUUCCAGACCCUCCAUCUCCCAGAACCCGGCGAACCUUAAAAGUAGGAGAGCAAAGAGCUCAAAGACAGAGGGCACGUAGCAGCACCCGUAGAAGUGAGGAAGGGGGUGGGGUGGGGGGGAUUCACUUGGGACAACACCAUUAUCCAAGAGGCUGGGUCCUAUAGCUUCUCUCUGUAAAGAUUGAAAUAAAAAAGGACGGUAAGAAGCUUUUCCUUGUCUUUAUACUUCCCUGGGCAACCAGCCGGGAGCCGUUGACAGCAUCCUGACAUCAACAGUUCUACCUUCCUGUGUAUGCAUUUGUUCUCCACAAAUGUCCUUCUUUCUCUCUCUCCUCCCCCUCGCCAGGAGCUCCUUGUGUUAACUCUCAAUUCUUCGCUCCUCGUAUCCCUGUCGGAACGUGGGAGAAAAAGGAAGUUGUUUUGGACAACGAGAAAACUGGGGUGACUUGUGAGACGAUCUUCGACUCGAUGGACAAAUGAUGCAGUUAAACACCUCUUCUGUCUGCUUGUAAAUACAUCGAGGCAUUAAGCUCGAUUGGCAGAUCUGUAGAGCAUUGUUCCCUGAAGGUUGCUGAAACUGCCUACAUUUUGCCAUUGUUCUGUUAAUGGCACGCAAGAAGUCAAGAGUAGGUUCGUGGAGGUAAAUUGCCUCAGCGAAAUCGUUCCAAAUAACUCUGGCUGUCUCGCCAAGGACAAGUCACCUCUGAAUAAAUUGUUGGAUUUCAAAUAGCUUCCAUUCAGCGUUACAAGUUUAGUUAUAAAGAGCUGGAAUUAUAAUACAAUUUGAAUGGAUUCCUUUAUGGCAUAGAUCCCAGAUCUCUUUAGCAAAUGUGGCAGGAGACAAUGAUGAUUUUUUAAAAGAGAGUUUAUAGCGGUAUUGUAACAGAUGUACUCAUCCCCUUAUCCUUUCUAAACUAAACAGUGUUUCAGAAACUUGCUUGACCCACAAGGCAAAGUGUACCUACCCCACAAGAAGGAGUGCCUCUAUCAUAACACCUCCAGCACUCUUUAGAACAGGCAAACUGUCGGCAGCUGCGCCGCUUAAAUUCUGUAAGUCUAUAAACAGACUGAAAAGAGGAAGAAAGUUUAUUUAAGGUUGCAGUGCGUUCUGAGCAUUUUACCUUUAAAGUGUAUUGAAAAAGAAAAGAAAACACAGAGAACUAUUGUAAUCUGUAAACAAGUUUGCAUAUCGUGUAUUUCCGUUUAACUUGUUCGCACAAAUAAUUACGGAGAGAGGCGUUUUCUUCUCUUGUGGGAAACAUGUUCACAGCCAUUUUGACAGUGGCAGCCGUCUUCAAGUUUGUAUUUUGACCAGGUCCAAUAAUCCUCUGUCUCUUAUUGAUUUGAUUGAAUAGCAAGCUGCUAUUUCAAUUGCCCUCAGGUUGUAGAAAGAAAUAAUUAUGUUUUCUACAUUUUUUACCCUAGGUUUUUGGCUAUGCCGACGCUUGUUGCAUUAUAUCUAUUGACAUGGGAAUCAGAACUGGAAAUGAAACUUCUUUUGCCCACUCUGCCCAUCCCUCCCCUUGUCACGCAGAACUCACACACAAACAGUUAGAAAUGCUUUCAUCCUUCAGUAUCGCAGAGGUUUGCUGGCAUGAGUUUUACUUUAAAUGAAUUAAUUUUGACUUGCCACCAUUUCCCAGGAAUUCUUUCCCAGUUGCAUUCUUCUCAGUAGUUCUCAUGCAAUGGAUUUUGCCAUCCAGUUUUAUAGAGCCGAUUAAUUGAAUACGGGAGGUGGGAAAGACUAAUUCUCAGCACCCAUCCCACCUCUGUAAAUACCGACCAAAUCAGACAACCUUCAUGGUUAGCUAAGCAGCAGAGAUCCUUGGGUGCAAGCGUCGCGCAAGGAGAACAGCGUUCAAGUCUGUUAACGUUUUUACCUUGGAAAUUGCUAACCUCUGCAGCAUCACUGAGAUGUUACCAGAAUGAAUCAGAAUUGUUCAUACUGCCUAUUUUGUUUUAUUGCAAUAAGGUGUGAUAACAGUAUGCUUUGCGGUGGUGUGUUCUCUCCUUUUUAACGUUUACUCGUUUUUAAAGACAAGAUGCAGCUGCAAUGAAUGCUGAUGUCUUGAUUUGCCUACAGUUUAUAAGAGUGUAAUAGUACAACCAUUUUAAGGCAAACGUUAGUGUUUGCUCUGGGAGGAAAUGGGCUUUUUGCGUUCAAUAAAGAUUUUUCUGAACAUCAUCUUUUAGCUGGC